AUGACCACACGUUUCCGACACUUCCUCGAGAAGUACAAGAGCAAGUUUCGUUACUAUAUUGCGAACUCGGUCAACUUGCGCCAGAUUACACAAUUGGUACUAGUCUUGAUCUCGCUAGCCGCCAUCGUCGGACCCAUCGUACUACUUGUGUUCGAGUAUGAGAAAAGCCCUUCAGUACGCCUGAUUAUUCUCGGGCUUCUAUCAGCUGCUAUUGCGACCUUUUUCGGUUCCUGUGUAGCUCUAUGGUGGUGGCGUUUCGCCCAUCCUCCCAGGGACGACAAUCAGCAAGUCAUACCCUGGUCCAGAAGCGGUUCAGAGUCGAGCUCGGUCGGUGCAACUCAGACCCAACUCGCUGCAGAACCGUCCGACACACAGGGUAUGGACUUGCCUUUGAGUCCCAUUACAGAGCAGGCUGCUUCUUCUGUUAUUGCCGAAGUUAAUGUAGACGGAGGCGGCCACGAAGGAAAUAAUGCUACGACGCCUUCAAAGAGUUGGAACAAGUUGCUGGGAUUCAAAUGCUACACAGGAGAUUUGGACUACAAACACACGGAGGGCGCACUCCAGCUCAGGUCUGCGUUAUCGGCUAUGAGAGGUUACAUUUACAAUAACGUGGGCCACCCCAGCACCGCGAUUCGCAAGCGUGCCAUCUGA